AUCUUCUCUCCACAACACCUAAAGUGUCAAAUAGAUCAAAGACCCUCAACUAGUCGCCACAGUAGUAAAAAACAAGAAUCACCGAAAAAUCGUUUAAAACGAAGUCCAUGGAGAAAUGCAGGUGGUAAAGUGAAUAGAUUUAAAAAAAUCGUUGAUGAUCAGGCUAGAAGAUUAGUUAGACGCAGUGUUUACUUAGUCAAUGACAAUGGUACAAGUAGAACAGUUACACCGAAAAAGAUGUCUUCGCAUAAAAAGGGCAACAAACGUUUGAUCAAUAACAGCAAUAAUAAUAAUAAUUCAAAGAGAAAAUUAAACAAACACAGAAAGAACAAUCCACAAAAUAUUACUACAACAUUGGAAGAAGGAGAAAUACGUUCAGAAAGUGAUAUAUCUUUAGUAGAAGAUGCAAGAAAGAAAGAGGAGAAUAAUAACAAUAAUGAUAAUGAUGAUGACGACGACGAUUGUAUUGUGAUCGAACCAACCUUAGAAGAAAUAACAAUAGAUGAUAAUGACGGUGAUGAUGAUGAUGAUAUACCCUCAACCAGUGAUGGUUCUACUAAUUAUCAAUCACUUAUCAAUUCCUUUAAACAUCGUAUCUCUUCCACUCCUUGUCAUAGCAAAAAAUCUUCUUUCACAUAUGCCUCUGUAGUUAAAAAUUUAACUAAAGAUGAUAAUAAUUCAAAUAAAGACGACGAAAAUUUACCCUUUUUCUUAGAUGUUGGUCGUAGAUCUGGUAUUGAAUCGAUUAAUUCCACAGAUACCUUUACCAAUUACACCAAACUUAGUACCUUAAAGGAGAAUUCCUAUAGAACUGUACGUUUGAAAGAAACCACUUGUAAUGAUGAGAUUAUCAAUCUAGAUGAUCAGGAUUCAACUUUAAAACGUAAAUCUACCGAUUUAGAUGAUGAUUCGGUUAUUUUUGUAAGUGAAUCGAAUAAAGCAGAUUUUAUACCCAUAGUAGAUGAUACGAUACCGCCAAAUAAGAUUUUGAAAAUAAGUGAUAAUACUCCUACAACACCAGUCAAUAGAUUGCGCACAAAUAAUAAUUUAUUUACACGCAGCGAAACUAAACAAUUGAAUGCCUACAAUGCAAAUGCCUAUAAUCCAGGAGCAAAUGAAGAAUUAAACGAAGGCAAACGGAUGGUAAUUAUAGAUGGUAGUAAUGUGGCUUUCAAACAUGGUUUAGAUCAGGCAUUUUCCGUUAAAGGUUUAAAAAUCGCCAUCGAAUAUUUUGAGAGAAUGGGCCAUGAGGUUAAGGCGGUUAUACCACAGUUUCGUAUGAAUAAAAGCAAAUCAACGGAUCCAGAAGAAUUGGAAAGACUACACAAGGCGGGAAAAAUUGUACAAACACCCUGCAAAAACUUGCCUGGUCUAACGAGUAUCAGUUACGAUGAUAGAUUUGUUUUGCAAUUAGCCUUUGAAUUGGAUGCUGCCAUUGUUUCGAAUGAUAACUAUCGUGAUUUGUUACACGAAAAUCCAGCCUUUAAGAAAAUCAUUGAAAAUCGUGUAAUUGGUUAUACAUGGUGUAAUGAUAUAUUCAUUUUACCCAAAGAUCCUUAUGGUAAAUGGGGUCCCAAAUUGCAUACAAUUCUUAAUCGUAGUUAGAUUUCUAUUUUGAAAAUUUUUUCUUAUAUAUUUCUUAUUAAUUAGUUCUUAAAAAUAUAUUAUUUAAAUAAAAUUUCCUAUAUUUUUUAUGUUUAUGGGUUAUAUUUUAGAAUACAUAUA